UCUAAUCUCAUUCCUUUUUCUCCACAACUUUUCAACUCAAUAUCAUGGCAUCUGACAAGAAGAUCAAGAACGGUAUCAACGGAUUCAGAAGAAUUGGCCGUUUGGUUAUAAGAGUUGCUCUUCAAAGAAACGACGUUGAACUCGUUGCCAUCAACGAUCCUUUCAUCACUACUGAUUACAUGACAUAUAUGUUCAAGUAUGACUCUGUUCAUGGACAAUGGAAGCAUUUUGAACUUAAGGUGAAGGACUCUAAAACCCUUCUUUUCGGCGAGAAAGAAGUUGCUGUUUUCGGAACUAGAAACCCUGAGGAGAUCCCAUGGGGUGAAGUUGGAGUUGACUUUGUUGUUGAGUCUACUGGUGUUUUCACUGACAAGGAUAAAGCUGUUGCUCGCUUGAAGGGUGGUGCCAAGAAGGUUGUCAUUUCUGCCCCAAGCAAAGAUGCACCCAUGUUUGUCAUUGGUGUUAAUGAGAAGGAAGAGUUGCUUCCUUCAACAUCAUUCCCAGCAGCACUGGAGCUGCUAAGGCUGUAGGAAAGGCUCUUCCAU